UUCGCGCAAGCCUAGCAGAGGCAGAGAGCUUCUCAUUGUAUUUGAGUGUUGCAGAUGUUUCGACAUUGCCACCUGGGUGGACUACAUGUGCCCACUUUAGAUUGACCAUGGUUAAUCAACUUGACACCAAGAAGUCAAUAGCAAAGCCUGCAAAGGGCACUGUUCGACUAGUGUUCAAAAAGGGCUCAAGUGAGUGGGGCUUCAGAUCAUUUAUGCCUUGUAGUGAGCUUUAUGAUUGCAGCGCAGGUUAUCUUGUGAAUGAUAUAUGUAUUGUUGAAGCCAAGGUUCAUAUCCCAAUUAAGAGUCAAGACCAUGGACCUGGCGUUUCUGCAACUAUCAGGUCCUCAAUUAAGAAAGAACAGAAAUGGUUGGAGCCUUCAAAUGUGAAUUCUGUGCAAGUCCCAGACUCUUUAGUUGCACCUAAGACACCUUGUUCUGAACUGGUGCCUGCUUUGCAAGAUACGCCAGGUUCUGGAAAAGCUUUUAUUGUUAACCCUACUAAUAAUAGCCCUUUUGAACCUUCUCUAAACAAGGUACCUAUGGAAGUCCCCACCGACCUAUCAGCCUAACAUGUGGAUUUUAAGGGUUUUGGACGGAUAGGGAAAGUUUUUCUUCCACUA